UUUUUUUCAUAUAAAACAGGAAAUUGAGUAGGCGAAGUAUACGUCAAAUAUGCUUUACAGUAAUGGCGAUAAUAGUUUAUUUAUUUUUUUUUUUUUUACAAAAACGACAUACAUUAUUGUAUUAUAUUAUAAUCUUUUAACGUUUUCUUUAAUAUCUGUUCUUGUGUGUAUGUUUUAUAUUUGUCCACUAGAUGGAGUACUAGUCCUCUUUAAAAAAAUACAUCAACCAACCUCUCCACAAAUUUAAAGUUGGGAUUAAACGGCAACAUUUUCUCUGUUUUUAGGGUCAAGAUUCUAAAUAUAAUUACUUUCGUAUUAUGCACAGUGUGUUAAAUGGUUUAAAAUGUGUAUUUUAUCAGCGGUUUCUGUUAGAAUCUGGACUCUGUCAUCGCACCUCCCGCUUUCAAGCUCCGCUCCUCCGCACCAAACUUUCCCGUGAGUCACUGAGCUGCAACUGUUGAACAGACUUGUCAUUCAUUUGGCUGCCAGUGUAACCUGUAGCUAACUCAAUAUGUUUCUGCUUGUCUCACAUGCAUUAUGUAUUAGAACUUGUCCGGUGACUUGCGCUGGAUCCCUUUUUUCUGUUGUCACGCGCAAGUGAUUUAACAGGGGAAGUAAUGGAAGUCGUCUUUUUCUGGAGUUGCACUUUGAGAAGAGGCUGAACAAGUGAAGCGGGACUCCGACAGACUCCGCAGCUCAUCAUAAUGGAUGAGACGAAGGCUUUAACAGAGAAUGCCGUAAACUGCAAGGCUCUUUGACGAGGCAAUUGGAGAUCUGCAAGACUGCGAGAACCUUCCAAGAGGCAGCCUUUAAAGCUCUAUAAAAACCCAACCACAUCCAAGAAUGAGGAUCAAGUACACCAUACUCGUUGUCUUCUUUGUAACGCUUGUAAUCAUUGAAAAAGAAAACAAGAUCCUCUCAAGAGUAUCAGAUAAGCUCAUCGUAAAGCAGACCCCCCAAACCCCUCUCCAGGUUGGUGGCUUUGUCAACAUCCUGCUGAAGUACAAUGCAACCUUCUCCUCAUCUGGCAAGGACUUCAUGCUCAUGAAGCAGCGCCUGGAGGACAACACUGUGCUCCGGGAUGGGAUGAAAAGGACAAAGAAACACAUUCUCUUGUUAGCUACCACCAGGACAGGUUCGUCCUUCGUGGGGGAGUUUUUUAACCAGCAAGGGGAGAACAUGUUUUACCUAUUCGAGCCACUCUGGCACGUUGAAAAGAUGCUAACCUUGGACACUGGUGGUACCAACGCCACGGCGGCAGCAAAGGCGUACCGAGAAGUUCUUCAGCAGCUCUUUUUGUGUGACUUCUCCCUGCUGGAACGCUUCAUUGACCCCCUACCUGUGGACCACAUCACCACAGCGCUUUUCCGCAGGGAGUCCAGCAGUUCUCUGUGUGAGGAGUCCGUCUGCAGCCCGUUCAUAAAAGGGGUCUUUGAGCGCUACCACUGCAGAACCAGACGCUGUGGCCCACUGAACCUGACCAUGGCAUCCAUGUCUUGCCAACAUAAAGACCACAAGGUCAUCAAGUCUGUUCGAGUGCGGCAACUUGAGAAUCUUCGGUCUCUGGCUGAAGACCCUCGCCUGGACAUGAAAUUCAUUCAGCUGGUUCGGGAUCCUCGAGCUGUUUUGGCGUCGCGCAUGGUAGCUUUUGCAGACAAAUACAAGAACUGGAAGGAGUGGGCUAUGGGUGGGAGUAUACCUAUAGACGAUGAUGAAGUGCGAAAGCUGAAAGGAAACUGUGACAACAUCAGACUUUCUGCUGAAGUCGGUCUGAGGCAGCCACCGUGGCUGCGCGGCCGUUACAUGCUGGUGCGGUAUGAAGACAUUGCUCGAUUCCCCAUGAAAAAAGCAUCGGAGAUGUACAAGUUUUCAGGGAUUCCCUUCACUUCUCAGGUGAAAUCCUGGAUUCUGAGGAACACUCACGCCUCCAGGGAGGCCAGCGGUGUCUACUCUACACAGAAAAACUCCUCGGAACAAGUAGAGAAAUGGAGGUUCAAUCUGCCAUUUAAAAUAGCUCAGGUUGUGCAGAGAGUGUGCGGACCAACUCUAAAGCUUUUUGGGUACAAAUUUGUUAGAAGUGAAAAAAUGCUCAAAGACAAGUCCAUUAGUCUGAUUGAGGACAAAAGGUUUAAUACUUUAUAGAUUUGGCCAAAAAUGAACAUAAACCACAAGGGCGAAGGUCAAACUUUAAAAACUCCUCUAGCAAUAAAGCAUUAUUUAUUGAGAUUUUUAGCCAUAAACAUAUUAUUUCUAUCAUUUCAACAGUUUUUUAUUCCAAAAAUGUUACUAUUUAAUAUAGUUUUAUGAAAAAAAUGUUGCAAUAAUUGUAGUUGAAAUGGUAGUGAAAGCUAAAAUAUCCAUACAUCUGAAAGGAGAUCACCUUUGGGUUUAAUGGUUAUUCUAAAGUUUUUUUUGUUUCUUUUCUAAACAAACUCUAGUUUGACCAAACAUAAGGUGCUUAGUUCAACAGAAAGUUGUCUCAAAUGAAUCAAACUACUAUGUUUUAUAACACUUAUGGUUGAAAGGGGAAUAAAAGCAGGUUACUAGGUAAUUUUAUGGUUGUUGAGGGUAGCAAUGACCAUAGACUUGACCAUAAGUAAUGACAAGUUAUAAACCAUACAUAUACACACUGGACUAAUAAUUUUCAGAUAUCACCCAUUGGAUUCCUGCAGGGUUAACUGGAGUUAAUAGGAGUUUACUUGGCCUAGUAAAGUGAGAGUUUUGUUGGGGCAACCCAUUGACUGAGCUUCCUGUCGCUUAAAACAUCCCCCCAUCUAUGAACAAAUAUGCCCCCCACCUCUAAAAUUUGAUGUAGUUUGACUUUUGACAUUGCUUCUUCCUAAAAUCAACCUCCACUGGUCAUUUAGGAAGCUGCAAUAUUUGGUAUUUCCAGUUCAAUUUGAAAGUUACAAAAAUAUUUCUGAUAUUUAUUGCUACAUUUUUGUUCAUUAAUUUUUCAAUCAUUAUUAAUUGUUAUGUUUAUAUGGAUCUUAUAUUUGACCAUGAUCACAAUCAUACAUUUCUGACAGGCUGGUGGGUAAAUCAAUGUUUGGAUCCAACCAAAGUCUCACUACCAAUUACUCAUGUUUACAACUCAAUUCAAUAUGGCUGCACCAUGUUAAGUUUCAUUUGGGCCAUUUAAUCAAUCCAGAAUAUUUGUGUCUAUGGUAUUGUAGUGUGCAUUUUUUUAAACUUUUUUCUGCUCUAUCACAUUCCGCAAGAGUAUUUUUUUUUUUCUCAUUGUUCUGCCCAGUUAAGUGCUAUUGAUUGUAAACGUUUGCAUUUUGGCCAAAUCUUCCUUUUUUAAUGUUCCUAAAGACUGUGAUGAUGUGUUACUGAUCUGUCACUGCUACUGUAUGCUAACAUUCCAACUGCAGCUGGUUUGCAGGAAUUUUUCUAGGUUUGUUUGCAGGUCUCUAAUGUGGUUUCCAGAAUGGAGAUGAGAGUCCUUUCAAUUAUAGCUUUAAAGAUGCUCAAUAUUUUUAUUUUUUUUUUGGGUGGGCCAUAAUAAAUCUACUUUUACAUAAACCGUUAAGCCUCUAAUUUAUAUACAUCUCAGAGUUUUUGUGGGAAAGGUUUGCAUUAAGGACUGCAGAUUCUCAAAUCUUUGUUUAUUUUUGUGCAUAAUAGAAGCCCUUCAGCAUCAUAAAGAAUCAACUGAACAAAAACAUGUCAAAGCGAUGCAUCAAUAUUGCAUUUACCUUCACUGAGAUAAAGAAAUUAGCUCAGUAUAUCCAAAUAAAACACUAAUCCAUUGACUUGAAAUGGCAUAGUUUCAUAAUAAAGUUUUAAAAUUCGCUAGAUUUACACUCAUUGAGAGAUGUAGCAAAUGAAUCAAAAGUUGCAUUAGAAGUUUUUAAAUUAUAUAUGUUCUGUUGGAAAUGCACAUAGCAAAGUGAUAUUUCACAACUAUAGCAUCUAAAGAGUUGUUCAUAGAUAUGAAAAACUAGCUCUGCUCACUUACAAAAAUAAAUAAAUAGAUUCGAUAAAGCCACAUCUAAUUACAGUUUUUGAUUUAUCUACUUUUCUGUAGGUUAUGCAUUGAUUGAUUUGAGUGUAAAACAUAGAAUUAAUUCAGCAUAUUAAUUACAAUGGCUUGAUCAAGUCUUAAUGCUGAUAAUUAAAGCUCCUAACCACAUUGAUUGACAGUUGCUCUUACAAAACAUCUGGUAGUUUAUGAUUUGGGGCGAUUUUGAUCACGGUGUCUGAAACUGAGCUUCAUUCACAUGAAGAUUUUUUCUGCCAAUUGCAAGAAAACUACAUUAGCAAGGAGGAAUCUUAGA